AUGACUGAGGCAAAUCCACCAUCUGCUGCUUCAAGCGCAAAGUCCAAGAAGAACAAGAAGAAGGCCGCGAAAGCCAAACCAGACUCCAAAGCCGAUGAGCGCUUGGAAGAUGCGCCAGCCGAUGCCAAUGACAGUGAUAACGAUCCUCGUGAUCUCAACGAGAACCCCAUACAAGAACCACAAUCCAACGGCACGGAGCCUGACACAAUAGAUGGCAGACUACCAGACCGGUCUGUCACUCAUCAGGAGCAUGUUACUAUUAGCGAUGCUCCCUUGAGCACUGAUGUCCAAUCCAACCCCGCUUCCGAUGGCACCGAGCCGAAGGACCGUUUCGAUGCACUCGUUCGGGAUCGCGACUCCUUACGCGCAGAAGUGGCUGAUAUGCGAAAAUCAUUAGAGCAGAUUCAGUCCAAGCAUACCGCAGAUAUGGAGGCUUUGCAGCAGAAAUUGGACGACGCGGAGAGCAAAAAGGAGCAAGCGGAAACACAGUUCCAGAAGCUAUUAGAACGAGUCAAUACCAUCAAGUCACAACUUGGGGAACGUCUCAAGGAGGAUGCUGAGGAAUUGGCGCUCGCACGAUCGCAAAUCGAAGACCUCGAAGACGAGAAUAACAACCUGAAGGAUCAGCUCGAUUCGAAGUCCACCCAGCUGUUAGAAUUAUCGGGCGACUCCACCGAGAAAGAGAAAGAGUUGUCCAUUCUCCGGGAUCGGACAAACUUAUCUCAACGGAAUUGGCUGAAGGAGAAGGAGGAGUUGCUCGAGCAAGAGUCGUAUCUCCAAUCGGAGUUUGAGCAAGCGAAAGAGGCUAUGCAUAAUUGGGAAGUUCUCGCUAUGGAGGAGCGAUCUAUUCGGGAGAAUCUGAACGAAAAGGUUGGGGAUCUGGAAGAGCAACUCAGCAGCUUGCGAGAUGCUUAUGAACGAGCUACCGAUGAACGGGACACGCAGCAAUCAACGGUUGAUGGCCUACAACGGGCUUUGCAGGAGAUUCAAUUGGCACGAAAGCAGGAGCUGCGGGAACUCGUUGAGACUUCUGAUUCUCAACUUGAGGAUCUCCGACGGUCUCUACGGGAAGCACAGAAGCAAGCCACAGACGCCGAUAAGGGUCUCCAGAAUGCCCAGGAAGAGAUUGAACGGGUCCGGCCAUUUGAGAAAGAGGUCAAGGAGAAGAACCUUCUCAUUGGCAAGCUACGGCAUGAGGCAGUUACGUUGAAUGACCACCUGACGAAAGCCCUACGGUUCCUCAAAAAAGGAAAGCCCGAGGACAAUGUCGAUAGGCAUAUUGUCACCAAUCACUUUCUGCACUUCCUUGCUUUAGAUCGAUCCGAUCCAAAGAAAUUUCAAAUAUUGCAACUUAUCGCUGCACUAUUAGGCUGGAAUGACGAGCAACGUGAACAAGCAGGCCUUGCCCGCCCAGGGACCUCGAGUAUGUCUGGAAAGCUCCGGGUGCCUGGAACUCCCCUCCGAACUCCGAGCACGCCAAAUCUUGCGACAGAGUUUAUGGACAAUGGCGUGUCCAGUAAAGAGACACUCGCCGAACUAUGGUCUAAUUUCCUGGAGCAAGAAGCGGAGGCCGGUAACAUGAACCCAUCGCGACGAGGAAGCCAUCAAGGGCCUACCAAGUCAUAG